CUGUCUUUAUCAAGUCGCCCCUGUCCCAGAUGAAGCUGAUAGAGGACAGUGCAGAGCUGCACUGUGUGGUGACUGGGAACCCCAUCCCCGAGGUGCAGUGGUGGUUCAUAGAGGGCGAGGAGCACGAGACCAUGACCCAGCUGUUUGAUGGGGCGCAGGAGGACCGUGUCGGGCUCAACGCCACCUACAUCCAGCAUGCCACCAGCUCCAUUCACCUCUUAAACCUCACGCUCAAUGACUGGCACGUACGAGUGCCACGCUUCUAACGAUCCUGACCGCAACGAGCUGAAGAAGGCACCCAAAAUCAAGAGGAUCUGCUCACAGGCUAACGUUAUAGUAUUUGAAUGUAAGUGAGAGGCCCUGCGUACAGCCAGGCAGCAUCUCCCUGUAGGGAGGACAGUGAGUGGACCAGCUCCUGUCCCACACCCUCUCCUGACCUGUCUCACCCAGACUCCCCUACUCUCCCCUCACUGAGCUCCUGUGAUGGCGUGGCCGAGCCUUUCUCCUUAGACGCUUCCUACCUGCCGUAGCACUACCCUCAAUCUGAUGCUUUUUUGCUAGGCCUAUGUCAAAGCUUAGUGAAUUGUUUAAAUUAAUUCAUUAGCAAAAUAUAUUUCAUAUAUGGAUAAUACUGGUUAGAAGGUCUGAAACCUGCAAAUGGAUGCAUCAUAAAAAAUAAAAACAUGUUUUAAGGGGUCAGAUUAUGGUGUGUUUAGCUUCUUGUUGGCUUUCAUUGUCUAUUUUGCUGUCCUGUCCAAGGAGUAGAAUGUGUAAUAAUUGAUACAAACAUUGGCACUGUCCUGUGUUGUUUACACUCUUUACACCUGUUUAGGCUCUUUAGGAGUACUAAAUUAUCUACAGAAGACCCCAAACCUGCUUUGUAAUGAUUCUCAGCCAUAAGCCAUCUUUCUGCCUUGUGGUCCAGUAUUAUUUGACACAAGUUGUUGAUUUCUCUACCCCAAACCAAAAUAUCCUCUUAUUUGUUCCUCUUCUCUGUCAGUGGAACACCAACCUGCAAUACCUCACCUUGCUGGUUGCUUCUUCUGUUUAUGUUGAUUACAAGCAUGGUCUCUUAGAUUAACUUCCCAGUGUAACUCCUCCUCUCUUAAACUCUUGGUUCAGAUAGAAAGCUCUGCGCUGCCACUUUAAUAUUGUACUGUUCUUGGCUUGAAAUGUGAUAGUUUAUGAAAGUAAUAACAUUUCAUCAGCUAGGCUAGACCUUAUCAGUUUUCACUAUGAAGUUUAGGCUAAAGGAUAGUAAAGCAAUGUCGAGCCCUGGACAGUGUCUCCUCAAGGUUUGUGCCUCCUCAACAUGUUGGUAUCAAGACAAUCUCCAAUAGAGUGCCAUUUGUCCUGUAAACCCUAUAAAUUCCGUUAGCCUAAAUAACCACAGAUGUAUCUAGUGCCUUUUUAGUUACCCUCAACUAUUUUAGCAAUAUAUUGUACUAGAAAAGACAUACAAUAAUUAGUUACACUUGGCCUUUCCUCAUGGUACUAUGGUAAACUGUAAUGGGCAGUGUAUACGCCUACUUGAUGUGUUCAUAUCAAAGGAUGGCUUUUUAAAAUAUAUUCACUUUGUGUGUGUCUACAGAUCCCUUAAUCGAAGCUCAACCUAUGGAGGUAAACAACCAGACCUCUGCCAUCCUCUCAUGUAAACUGACCGACCCCCCGUCCGCAGUCAAAGGCCACUACUGGAUGAGGAACGGCAAAGUGAUCGAGUCAUCCAAGCAUAACUCGCCAACUCUCUACACCGAGCACACGUAAGGGCUCCCGAGUGGUGCAGCGGUCUAAGGCACUGCAUCUCAGUGCUUGAGGCGUCACUACAGACCCCCUGGUUCGAUUCCAGGCUGUAUCACAACCGGCUGUGAUUGGGAGUCCCAUAGGGCGGCGCACAAUUGGCCCAGCGUCGUCCGGAUUUGGCCGGUGUAGGCCGUCAUUGUAAAUAAGAAUUUGUUCUUAACUGACUUGCCUAGUUAAAUAAAGGUCAAAUAAAAUAAAAAAGCUCCAGGCAGGCAGUGUGUGUCUGCAUGUUUUAUCUGCAUGUUUGAUCCAACAGAUGGACGGGACUCGAUUUACCUGCCACUGAAGCUCAGUCUGUUGGGGCAGCACUUUUUGUUUUUGUAAGCAAAGUGACUUCAUGACUGGGAUGCGUUAGAAGCCAUUGUUUGAGCGAAGUCUGUUGUAGUAUGCCUAUGUUUCCCAUUUUUAGGGCUUACAUUUAGUUUUUGUUUUUUCCAUUAGCUUGGCUAAAAUCGAUUCCCAUUCCGGUGGAUUGUAUGAGUGCGUCUUCCUUUCUGAGCCCGAGGUGAAGACAACCAUUGUGGUCAAAAGUAAGUAAUCCUUUUUAAGUUUCUUCUACUGACAUGCUAUGCCAGUUAAUUUUAGCGCACUUUGAGUAUCUGAAGGCUGCAAUAGGCCUAUAAAGCCAAUUGGUUUAUAAAACUGCAGAUGCUGAUGUUUUGGAUAAAUGUUGCAUAUCGGCUAUCAUCCCAUAAAUGGCUAUCAUCCCAUAAAUACCUGCCUCCCUGUGUUUCACUAGCUGUUCCCCAUGUCUCUGCCUACAAACACUCUGAGCAUGGUAACGAGAAGGACAAGGGUGUGCUGGUGUGUGUUAGUCAUGGAUACCCACUGCCCACUGACUGGAAGUGGUACAAACUGGAGGGAGAAGAUAAGACGGUAUGCUUUAGCAAACUUUACAUCAUUGAUACACAUUAGGCUUAACAAAAUUGGUUUCACUGAGCUAGAAUAAACCUUGCUGCUGGACUGAACUGAGUGAUUGAACUCAGUUUCAACAAUGCUGCAUUUAUUUUCCAAUUUUAGGAAUCGUUGACUAAAUCAAUAUCUUGAUUGAAGCCACAGUAAUUCCACACGUAGUAGUACUCGCCAAAGGGGUCUGCACUAGAAAAUAUAAAAAUAUUGAAAUCUGGAAAUGGGUGUUAAAUGGCUUUGCUCUCUGUCUGGCGUUCUCAGGCCAUCACCAACGGUACCGACAGGUAUGAGAUCAAGAGCACCCCCAACAGGACCACCCUGACCAUUGACGACUUGGACAUCGCCAUGGACAUAGGCGACUACAUGUGCUACGGCACGAGCGAGGUCGGCUCGACCUCCGACAAGAUCCACCUGCGCGUCCGCAGCCGGCUGGCUGCCCUCUGGCCCUUCCUGGGCAUAGUGGCCGAGGUCAUCAUCCUGGUCAGCAUCAUCUUCAUCUAUGAGAAGAGGAGAAAGCCUGAUGAGAUCAACGAC